AUGAACACUGAACUGGAAUACCUCAAAUCCCUAGUCGCGCAACUCAAUGAUAAAAUCCAAGCUUUGGAGGGGAAAGCUACCUCUUCAAAGCCUUCGCCUGCGGCACAACUUCGGACAAUCCUAAUGGGUCCUCCUGGAGCUGGUAAAGGAACACAGGCUCCGCUCAUCCGCGACAAGUUCUGCGUAUGUCACCUUGCUACUGGAGACAUGUUGCGUGAACAGGUAGCCCGGAAGACCAAGCUUGGUUUGGAAGCGAAAAAGAUUAUGGACGAAGGAGGUCUGGUCCCAGAUGAAGUUAUGGUUGGGAUGAUCAAGGGCGAACUGGAUACUAACGAGGCGUGCAAAAACGGUUUUGUCCUCGACGGCUUCCCUCGCACCGUUCCCCAAGCUCAGAAAUUAGACGGCAUGCUCGAGUCGCGGGGGGAAAAACUUGAUUCAGUCAUUCAACUCUUGAUUGACGACAGUCUACUCAUCUCGCGAAUUACCGGAAGAUUAAUCCACCCAGCUAGUGGACGGUCGUAUCAUCGCGAAUUCAACCCACCCAAGAAACCAAUGGUCGACGACAUCACCGGAGAACCGCUGAUUCAACGUUCAGAUGAUAACGUCGAGACAUUACAAAAGAGACUGAAAACCUACCAUUCCCAGACUGGCCCUGUAGCAGAAUAUUACAAAGGUAAAGGCCUAUGGCAUGGUAUUGAUGCAGCUCAAAGCCCAAGUGUCGUAUGGGACAAUUUGCGGGGAGUGUUCCGCGGGAAUUAG